AUGUUAGCGUCUCUUUCCCUAACAGCUCUUACUACUUUCCUCGUAGACUUUAGUUGUGUUAAAUAACUGUAUUGUGUGUUUAUUGUGUGUUGUGUUUCAGUCUAACAGGCUGAAAGGUUGUCUUUUUUGUUUUUUAGGCGUUCGUUUCGCAGGAAGUGGCACGUCAUUGAUGUGAUGUACUUCCGGGUUUAUGUUUGUGUCAGACUGCUGGACGUUUUUCUCUCAGCUCCACGGAACAAAACUCUUGUUUAUCAUUAAACUUUUAUCAUGAUUCACAUUUUAAUGUCCGUGUGAUUAAAGUGAACGGUUCGCACAGUGUGAUGAUGGAGUCUCCUCAGGCGGAUGAUGAUAUCUGUAUCCUGAAGCACGAGACAGCGUACGCAGUCGAAAGCCCGGUGGCCGUGUGCUCAGGGGACGAGUCGGUCGCUUCUCAUUUCGCUCUCGUCACUGCCUACGAAGACAUCAAGAAGCGUCUGAGGGACACCGAGAAAGAGAACACGCUGCUACGCAAACGGGUUAAACAGCUAGAGGACAAGUUGUUCAGACCUGAAGCUCCUCCCUCUGAAGGGCCGCAGUACAUGAAUAAAGCGUUCAGUGCGUAUCGGGGAAUCUACAUGGAGAAGAAAGACUUACAAGCUGAGCUCAAUAAACUGAAAAAGGAGCGAGCUGAGGCUGAGAAGAUUUUAACUGAACAGCUGCAGGCAAAGGAGCUGGAACUGCUACAGCUCAGAUCAGAGAUGGAGACCAGUCAGGUGAUGAAGAGUCUGAAUGAGACGCAGGAUUACUGGCACGUUAAUCGAGAGAGCAGUGAUGUACAGAUGCACACUCUACAGGAGGAAGUGCAGAGACUCAGACUGGAAAACAACCACUUACAAACACUCUGCACCUUCCGACAGGACGUGUCUGAGAGCUUGGUGAAAAACGAUGAGGUCCAGCAGGGGGCGCAACUAUACUGCAGGUCUGCAGUAAUGAGUGUGUAUGAGGACAUGUGCAGUGAAGUGUCCCAUCUAUACACACUGGUAAGAGAUCAGAGUGAACUGAUGAAGAAACUCAGAGACAGACCUGCGCUCAGGAGAGCAGCCUCAGCUCUUCCUGUUCAGUGUUUGGAUGAUGUGGAGAAAAACCAUUCGUUGGUUCGAGCUCCAAUUCCCCGUCCUCCCAGCGCCCCGCCACUCCAUGUGGCCCCACCCCCUGGUACCUCAUAUGCAGAGAACUGGAAGGAGGCGUGGCCUCUAAACCGUCCCUCCCCUUUGGGAAGCCCGGCUGGCCCACCGGUUACACCUCAGCAUGCUGCUUCUUCGUUAGAAGAUGACUCCUGGUCUAUCCCUGCCCACCCUACACCUGGCCAUGUCCCAUUCUGGGAGGAGCCAAAGUCCAGCAGCACAGAGUGGUCUAAGCCGUACUGACGGACAAGUGACUCGUCCAAUCACAUCCUGCCUUACGACCACCACCCAGACUGAGAUACCUCACACUGCUCUCAGCCGGGCCUGUACAGAACAUACACUUCCACAGAGAGAGAGUGUGUGUGUGUGUGUGUGUGUGUGUGUGAGAGAGAGAGAAUCCUAUAAUUGUGAUUUAGGUGUGGUAAAAGUCUGAAUUAUAUUUCUUGUGUUGUUUUUAUUCUCAUGACUGUGAAGAAAGGCUUUAGUUCUGUCAGCUCUGUUCCAAUCCUUCUUUAACGUGCCCUAGCCCACUUCCCCUUGGCCAGAUUAGGGGCUGUUCCCUGUUUAUGAUGUUCUCAUGUUAAAUGAGGACUGAGUGAACAUCACUGUAAGUUAUUAAAUUGAUUACUAUAAAAAAAAACUUUGUUGCACAGUUUCUAUUAAACUUAUUAUUUAAAAAAAAUGAAAUGCUAAAGCUAGUUAACUUUGGGGUUUAUUGGUCAUUUGUUAUGUUAGCUAAUCAUAAUUAGCUAGCUAGCAAGCUAAUAGCUCUUAUAAAUGAGUGAUAAAAACUUGUGUAGCAUUGUAGCUAAAUCACAGAAGAAAAGCUUUAAGCAAGUCGGGGGCACUUACUUAUGAACACCACAUGAAAUCUGCAGCUCUCGUGUGUGUGUGGUUGUUGUGAUGCGAGUCAAACAGGGUGUGUAAACAGGAAUCGGAGCACAGGGUGUGUGUGUGUGUGUGUGUGUGUGUGCGUGUGUGUGUGCGCAAUCUUAAAUGCAUAAUGUGUAAAUGUUGAAAUUGUGUUCACACUGACACUCCUCGUGGAAGCGUAUUAACGCGAUAAGUGAAUGAACUCUGUGUGUGUGUGUGUGUGUGUGUGGCUCCUUACUGUGUUAUUUUGUUUGGACGUGUUUUUGUUUCUCGGCGUUGACGUCGUGCCGAAAUGCAAUGUACAGCUGAUGGUUUUUUUUAUUUUUUUUAGCUCAGCUCUGUUUGUAAAUAUUAAAGUCAGAUGAAUGUAA